AUGCGCUGCCGCGGACUAGCCCUGGGCCUGGGGGUCUGCCUGCUGGUGGGCGUGGCCCUCGCCUCUCUGUGGGUGUAUGUCGAGAAGUGGCUGCCGGUCUCCUAUGUCCCCUAUUAUCUCCCCUGCCCAGAGAUCUUCAACAUGAAGCUGCAGUACAGGGCAGAGAAGCCAGUCCAGCCCGUGGCACCGUCACAGUACCCUCAGCCCAAGCUGCUGGAGCAAAAGCCCACAGAGCUCCUGUCGCUCACACCAUGGUUGGCGCCCAUCGUCUCCGAGGGAACCUUCAACCCUGAGCUUCUGCAUCACAUCUACCAGCCGCUGAACCUGACCAUCGGGCUCACGGUGUUUGCCGUGGGAAAGUACACACAGUUCGUCCAGCACUUCUUGGCGUCGGCCGAGCGGUUCUUCAUGCCGGGGUUCCGGGUGCACUACUAUAUCUUCACGAACGACCCCGCGGCCAUUCCUCAGGUCCCGCUGGGCCCCGGCCGCCGCCUCAGCACCAUCCCCAUCCAGAGGCACUCCCGCUGGGAGGAGAUCUCCACGCGCCGGAUGGAGACCGUCAGCAAGCACAUUGCCGAGAGGGCACACCGGGAGGUCGACUACCUCUUCUGCCUCGACGUGGACAUGGUGUUCCGGAACCCGUGGGGCCCCGAGACCUUGGGGGACCUGGUGGCUGCCAUCCACCCGGGCUACUUCGCCGUCCCCCGCCAGCAGUUCCCCUACGAGCGUCGGCCUGUUUCCGCUGCCUUUGUGGCAGACGGCGAGGGGGACUUCUAUUAUGGUGGGGCGGUCUUUGGGGGGCGGGUGGCCAGGGUGUACGAGUUUACCAGGGGCUGCCACAUGGGCAUCCUGGCGGACAAGGCCAACGGCAUCAUGGCGGCCUGGCAGGAGGAGAGCCACCUGAACCGCCACUUCAUCUCACACAAGCCCUCCAAAGUGCUGUCCCCCGAGUACCUCUGGGAUGACAGGAAGCCCCAGCACCCCCGCCUGAAGCUGAUCCGCUUUUCUACCCUGGACAAGGACACUGACUGGCUGAGGAGCUGAUGGCAGAGCCGGGGUUCCCAUGGAUGGGGGGACCCCAGGGAUGGCCCAGCUCACCAGAGCCUCUUUGGACCAGAGCCUCCCUUCUCAAGCCUUAAGUGAGACCAGCCCUGUGCUGUCUACCUCUCCAUUUGCCAGCAGAAUGCAACAAGAAAACGGGCGUGUAAAGGCCUUUGUAAACUGCAAAGGGCGGUGCCCACAUGAGGAGAACGCCAAGAUCACACCGCCUGUGGCCCAGUCAGACUGGAGGAGGGGAGACCGGAGGUGGAAGAAGACAGAGCCGGCAGGCCUCACCCCGCGUACGUGCCUUCUGGGCAGGCUCUUUAGUCUCAGCCCCUCCCAGUGCCUCACAUCCCGCCUCUGCCCCCCUUCCAUUGCCUGUUGCCCUUAAAGUUGCACUUCUAACACGCGUGUGAAGGGCAUCUUGGACCCCUUUUCUCUGGCGGCAGGGGUCCCAGGUGUUGUGAUGUCCCCCCAGCCACACAGAGCCAAUUCCUCACUCAGGACCCCGAGUGAGCCUUUGAAAUCGACCAGGUCUAAGCUCUCUCUGGUUUCAAGUCCCGCCUCCCUCGAGGGGGCGACCACACUCGCUGGCACCAGCCACCUCCUCUGUAAGAGGGUGUGGGCAAGAUUUUAAUGAAGGUGGCGUGUGCUUGGCCCUAACUGGGGUUUCUUCACCUGGCCAUCCGAGUAUCUCAGCCGCCAGCCCCCAGGGAUGCAGGC